AUGAUAAGCAAAAUAAUAACAGAAGUUCACUGGCUCUGUGGCUGGCAUAGCUCAGUCUACAAGUGAUAAACAGUACACCUCCAGAACAUUGUACUGGCAUUCAGCGUGUUCUUGUUUUAGAUGAAACUUGUCUCUGAACAUGGUGUUGAAUGGAAAUUUUAGGAGAAAAAGUCUGGAUUAAUAAACAAAUCUGUUCAGUUUGUAAAGGGGAAAUCAUUUUUAAUGGUUUGGAAAAAAAUCCUUUUCCAGCAAGAAACAAAGGAGAUUAGAAACGACAAGCAAGUAUAAAACAACUGCAAGCAGCAGCACAGCCUUGGAGUUCAAUGAAGAUCACACAAGCUUUCUAAAAACUUGGUUGUGCUCAAUACAUAACUACACAGAUUCUGGCAAAACUCUAAGCCAAUGUAACUUUAAAGUUUUUCAACUCGUUAUAUGAUUUUGAGACAUUACUUUUUUGGAACGCAUUAUUAAUGGCAACAAACGUGGACCUUCCAGUUCAACCUAACCCGACUCAAUCCGUGACUUAUGAUCCAAAGUCUGAAACAGUAACAUUACCACCUGGAGUGGUUUCUGUGGCAGGUGUCACUGUGGUCACUGGAGGAGCGGAGCUGUCCUGCAAUUCCUGUAUGUUGACCUUUGGGGUUUGGGGAAGUCUGGUUGGUUUGAGUGUGGUGGCAUUGGGGUUAUGGGAUCAUUCAGUGUAUAAGAACAGUGGUCCAUCACACCUACUGACUCUUGGAUUGGUCGUGCUUCUUACCAGUAUAGGACUUGUAGGUGUUGUGAAUGGAUUCCGUUUCUUGAUGAAGAAGAGAAGGAUGAAAGCCAGAAGAGAAAGACAAGAAGGUAAUUUAGUGUUAGUUAAUGAUUAUGCAGAAGUUGUUUUAAAAAGAGUGACAGUGUAAAAGUGCAGUAAAUUCAAAGAACAUGAUGAAGGCUUCUCCCUCUUCAGUACAUCUCUCCAUCAAUCUGUGCUCAGUCUUGAAGGAAUGUUACAGGAAAUUUACUGGGUGCACAAAAGGAAACACUUUGCCAUUUCCUGUGAUGUAAGAACACACAAAAACUGCCGCAUAUCUAGAGAAGGCAAAAGUUUAUCUCAAUCUGCAAGUCCUGUUCACACGAAAUGCAUUUGAAUCCCAUAGAGCAAAUACAUUUAUUUUCCUGACCAAAAAUAUGUUUUAAAUAUACAUUGUAUCAAUUAAGGCUUAAUUAAAUAUAUUUUUUUACAUUUGAAAAUAUAUUUAGUUUUAUCCUUCAUAUAUUUCAGGGGCAACAUUUUUACUUUUACAAACCAUACAGCAAAAAAUAUUUUUUUCUGGCCAAAAUAUAAAAGUUUAUAUGUUUGCAGUUUUAAAAUAUAUUUAAUUUUAACCUUUUCAAACCUGAUAUGUUUACAGGUUUGCAACAUAAACAAAGUUUGCCAAUGCAAUGUAAAUAUAAAUGCUUUCAUUUCAUUAAAAUUUUUUUUUUUCAUUUUACAAAGUAUAUUUCAAAAUAUUCCAAAAAUGCCCACAAAAUAUAUUGGUGAAAAAUAUAUAUUUCUAAACAUAUUUCAAAAUAUAUUUCAGCACAUAUAUGUUUUUGGCCAUUUUUUAUAUAUAAUUUGGUAAUAAACACUUCAGUGCCUGUUCUCAGAAUGCUAAUUCUUCCUUACCAUUAUUUUUUAAACCUCUUAUUUUUUCUAAAUGGUGGGCUGUAACAUAUUUUACUCGACUGGUAUCUCACUGUAAAAAAUGUAGCUGACUUAAUUUUUUUAAGUUUAAUCAAAUUACAACUUAAUAUUUUCUAUCAUGACUAUUGAUGAAUUGAUGUAAAUGAUAAAAUAAGCCAGCAAUAUUAUGCAGGUUCUUUUGUUUUAGCAUUAUUGUCAGUAUAUUGAAUGUGUGGUACCAUGUGCUACAGUAUUUUAAAUGAUUAACUGUAUGACACUGCAAUAGUUGAACAUUUCUUAAGAAACACAUGAUAUGUUUCUCUACAAAAUGUUUAUCUCUGAUGGAAAAAAUAUUCUGCUGUUAUAAAAGUGAAUCUCUUGGUUAUAUCUGUCUCCAUCUGCUGUUUAUUGUGUUGUUACUCUGCUUUA